AUGGCUGCUACUAAGCGAAGAUCUUCGAUCGAAUCGAAGCCAGAUCGGAUAUAUAAUGACUACAGUUACCAUUAUGGACGUGUAGCACCAGGCGGGAGAUUUUUGAUUUGCUCAAAACGCAGCUCCCUCAAUUGCAACGCUCAAGGUUUCUUAGACUUGGAAGGAAAUUUUACGCUUCUGCGAGAUCGCAACGAAGACGACGAACCUGUAAAUCCUCAUUGCCAUGCUCCGGAAAAAAAAUUAACUGAAGAUGCAAUUUUUCAAAGAGAAAUGCAUAAACUCGUUGUGCAUUCUUUUUUAUCUAAUAACAAAAUUUAUGAUAGUUUAAAGGAUUUAUUUGUUUUAAUAAAAUAUUUUUUUUUCGCUUCUGUCGCAAAAUGUUGUAGAUAUCCGAAUGCCGCCGAAAAUUCUCCAUACCCUGAGAUCACUCCACGUAUGCGGCAAUGGAGAAAAACUAGAAAAUUUCCCGACUUGGCUGAUGGCGAUUUAACGAAGUUCAUAGAUUUAAUUACAAAUGAUGAUCAGUGGAAAGUGGCAAAACGUCAUGAUGAAGGAUCUAUGACUUUUCGCACCAGUGUUAAAAAUAAUCAAGUUAAAGCAGUUACUUUCGCAGACUCUGAGUUCCUGGAAUUAAUAAAACCCAGUUUAUAUAAAGUAGUUUAUAUCGAGGAAUCGCCAAUCACCUUAAAUGAUAUUGAAGAGUCUCACAUUAUUCUUGGAACAACAUCUCACAAGAAUUAUGCGUUUCCAAUAUUAUGGUCUGUUAUGAAUGAUUGUUCACAAGAAAAUUACAGCGCUGUCAUUAGAAAUGGCUUAGCCAAUUUCUUAGGUGAUAACCAGCCAGAAACCAUUUAUUAUAAUUUCGAUGAGAAAAUUUUUUAUGCUCUACGUAACAGAUACGCAACAACGAGAAUUAAAGGAACCUUUGAAGCUUAUUGCAAUCUUUUGUUUGCUAAAACAGCUCAAGAAACUGAAAUUAGGCAAAAUAAUGAUGAACACCUCGUAAGAAUUUUUUCCAAACUGAUUCUUCUCAGCCUAUUGCCACCUCACUUAAUUAUCAGUACUUUUUAUGAAGUAGUGCAAAAUAUGAGUCCUGAUCACUACCGAACGUUCAAACCAGUUCUUGAAUACUAUCUUGAAGAAUUUAUUAAAAAAGUUGGUGUCAGUAACUUCACAUUUCAUAAUGAUGUUGACGCGAUAACUAACUGUUCUAAGCGGCAUAGUACUCGCCUGAAGAAUUCAAAUCGUUCGAAAACAAAAUUAUGGAAUUUCUUGGGAUCGACAAUGGCUAUUCAAGUACAAAAUUCAAAAGACAUCACAAAACUUAUUCAAAAAAAGUCAACUGCUGGUAGUAGUGCCUCCCGGGUUGAUAGUCUCAUUGAUAUACAAAAAAUUCAGCGCUUAAAUAAUUUAUUAGAUAAAAAUGAGAUCACCCCCUUGGGAUUUUUAUCUAAAGGUGUUGCUGUAAUUGACCAGUUCGUAGCUGAUCUCAUUGUCAAUAAUCCUGGUGUCAAGGUGAACUUUCAAGUUGCAGAUCUCGUACCAAUUCAUCACAAAUUGAUUGCCAAAAUUGACGAAAUUCGUGAAAUCGAACCGGAAGCACCGGGUAUACUGCUGACUGGUGAAGACAUCAGGGAAAAUGAUGACGGUGAAGAUGAUAAUGUACAUGUUGGGUUGGAAAUACUGGAAGAAGAGUUGAUAGAGCAAUAUCAUGAUAACGAAGUUGCUGAAGAAGACAACGCUUUUGAAGCACCCAAUGAAGCUAAUGUGAUCGUUGGGGACAUCAAUGAAAGAAUCGAAGUAGCUGAAGAAGAAAAUGGAGUCGGGAUGAUAAAUGACGAUGUAGUCUUUGUUGAAGUAACCACUCUGGAUGGGAAACGAUAUUUUAAAAGUUCUGAUGUAUGUUGUGUGUGUAGAGACGAGGAUUCUCCAGUGGACAUAAUCUACAACCCUUGCAGACAUUGUCUGUUUUGUCAAGGAUGUCAAAAAAACUACGUCGAUAAAGUCUAUGGAGAGAAAGAAAUUUUU